AUGCCUUCACAACCCCUUCCCGACCCUAUCAUCACAUUCGGAUCCGAUGAGACGUGCACCCUCGACAACUGCCCCGUGGAAUGGAGCAUCCUGUCCUACCAGCCCUCUCUCGCCUCCAACAUCGUCUUUGCCGCCCUGUUUGCCGUCAUCGGGCUGACUCAUUUCUAUCUCGGCUUCCGGUGGAGGACCUGGGGCUUCACGAUCCCCAUGCUCAUCGGCUGCAUUACUGAGAUUAUCGGAUACAUCGGAAGAAUCCUCCUUCACAACAAUCCCUUUUCUUAUCCUGGAUUCUUGAUUCAGAUCAUCUGUCUCACCAUUGCUCCCGUCUUCUACACGGCAUCCAUCUACGUAACUCUCUCACAAUCCAUCAUCUACCUCGCCCCCGAGCUGUCCCGCUUCAAGCCCCAGCUCUUCUACUACAUCUUCAUCCCCUUCGACAUCGUCUGCCUCGCCCUGCAGGCCGCCGGAGGCGCCAUGUCCGCCGACACCACCGGCUCCGACAAGACCGGUGUCGACAUCUCCCAGGCCGGUCUCAGCCUGCAGGUCAUUGUCCUGGUCCUCUUCAUCGCCGCCUUUGGCGACUACAUGUUCCGCUACCUGCGAUCCGGCCGCGCCUCGGGCUUCGGCUGGCGCCUCACUGCCUUCUUCACCGGCCUGACGUCGGCGACGCUGCUCAUCCUGGCCCGUUGUGCCUACCGUGUUGCCGAGCUGCAGGACGGCUACGACGGCAAGCUCAUCAAGGAAGAGGCCCCCUUUAUCGUGCUGGAGGGUGUCUUUGUGUUUUUGGCCGCGUCGAUGCUCUGCUUCGGACACCCUGGCUUGGGAUUGAAGCGAGACAGGGCUGGAGGCGUCAAGAUGGAGAAUGACAGCGAGACGGUGGUGAUGGACACCAUUGAGCGACGAAAGUAG